UGGCAGUUUAUUGCCGCGUUCAAGACAACUAGGAACUCGUAAAUCUCCAACUUCAAUGUAUUCAAAACAUCUGGGAACUCGGAAAAAAUGUGCUCCGACUGGGAAAAAUCGAUUUGAAUGGUCGUCCAACUCGGGCAUUACCCCCCCAAGAACACAUUGAAGUCAGAUAUUCCUGAGUUCCCAGUAGUUUUGAACGCGGCAUAAGGUCACAGCUGCCAACGUUUCUUUUUUGGAGGUUUCGACCUAUCCCACAAUUCACAGCGGAACUGUAGUCUAUGGUGCCAACAGGACUAUAAAUUUGCAAGGAGCUUGCUUUCAGUCUUUUUGUCUGACAUGAGGAUGAAGGGCAGACGUGUUCAUUUGUCGUCUGGAAAUCCUGCUGAAUGAAUUCCAACUAUUGAAGGCGAGAAUAAGAAUAUUGUAAAUGGGUAAAAAAUUCAUCUCAAUUGAAGUCGCUUCAACUCUAUUCAAUGUGUUUCAAGGGAAACCUGACAAUGAAAUAUUACUUUACAACUCCAUUGAAGGUGAGGAUGGAUCAGAAUUAUAGCUAAAAGACAUGUACUGUGCAGUGAUGAUGACAUUUAUCACCUACUUAUUGUCUAGUGAAGAACCUUCGGAACCCUGAGCACAGUUCUUUCCUGAAUACCUCACGUCUACAUUCUGUGUACAUAUUGUUAAUAUUAUUUUCCUUCAUCUUCCAGACAAAGCAGUGAGUUGCUUGGACAGGAUUUGAUGGCUUGAUUUAAGGAUUGUUCCUGUCUGGACUUGAAUGGGGGUAUAUAGACUUAUGCAUCCUGCAGGUGACUCCCCCAAACUCCAGGCCAGACCAAGUGCAAGGACAACUUCCCAACUAAGGAAUGCUUCAACUAUUCAAGGAAUAAUGUAGGUGAGACAGGAGAUGCUUAGGCUGGAUUGAUGGCUCAAUUGGAGUUGCUGCAAGACAAAGCAGUGAGUUGCUUGGACAGGAUUUGAUGGCUUGAUUUAAGGAUUGGUCCUGUCUGGACUUGGAUGGGGUAUAGACUGCUGCAUCCUGCAGGUGAUUGACAAUGCCAGACCAAUUGGCUCAACCACCACUGGCAGGAUUCAGUGAUGUGUGGCUCAAUCUGCAAUCCCUGUGGCUACAUCUGUGGGGUUGCCGUGUUUAGGGUGAAAUACUGUUGGGCUGGGUUGAAUGAUUUAUAAUAAAAUCGAUGAAUAUAAUUCUUGAGCAAAUCAGACGGGCUGUGAAUUUGUCAUUUCUAACUUGCAUUUUGGUUGGGUGCAGUUGAAUAUAAAUAAUCUGUUUAAUAAUUGCUGGUGAACAAACAGCUGACCCGCACCACUAGUUCAUAUGACCCCAACUGUUUUAUCCUGUGGAGUCGAUCAUUGCAUAAUCCUGACAUGUCAGUGUUUCUGAACAAAUGUAGCACAAUUAAAUGAUUGUAUUACCUCAAUUGUGGGCCCAACUGCAUGAAAUUACUUUCAAUUGGUGUAAAAUAAAAUUGUCCUUAAUGAGUCAUGUCAUAAAUCAUAAUUGAUUCUAUAUAAUUUUGUGUAUCUAGACUAUUCAAAUUGGGGACCCCAAAUGAAUCCAUGUACCAUAAAUGCGUUGGGGUUGAUCUGCGGACCGGUGUAAGUGCUUAACGGUCAUAUAUUGGGGGGAGAAAAUGUUUGGCUGCCCGUGCUUUUAAAUGACUGCCAAUAUCUCGCUGGUUGUCUAACUGGACCGUUUAUUUGACAAUGGCAGGGAAUGUUUUGCAACUUAAUCUUUACGGUCUCGAGGGAAGAUAAUACCACAAAUUGUAAAAAGUUAUUGUAUGCGUGAGUGGUAUGAACCAACCCGAUGGGGGCGCCCGUGAGGAGCAGACCGAGCCGGUCCAGGAUUGGCCAAUGGUAUGCCACAGCUGUUCCUGGAAGAACUCCUAUGUUCCUCAUGGCGAAAGGGAUUCAGAAGGGCACACCAGGAAUGAAGAGAGCAGUGCGCCCCAAACGGAACUUUUGCUUUUUAUGUCAGGAGUGGCGUUUCUUACCUUUUUUUUUUUUUUUAAAUCAGAUACUACUUGGGCAGGUGGUCGUUGAUAUAUUUAAGGUAAUUUAAUAAUUUCAUAUGUGGAGGAUAACCAUACCGAUAUAAUUGCUUGUACAAUACAUUGGAUUAUUACGUCUGAUUUGACAGUGAACCAAUUGUUUACAUCAGUUCAGUGGAAAGCAUCUGGCUGGCGGAGGAGACCUAACAUAACCGAAUUAAACCGCAGUUGCUGAAAAUGUUCUCUAAGGAUGGAUGUCUGGCUGCGUGUACAGUGAUAUUUAUUCUGCUGUCAUCAAGUGAGGCUAAAGGUCCACCGUGGGUGAGUCGUCAGGUGGAGGAGCGUCAGACGGCCAGGCUGGGGCGGACGGUGCGGCUUGCGUGCCCCGUAGAGGGUGACCCUCCUCCCCUGGUGCUGUGGGUGAAGGAUGGGCGUAACGUCCACCCAGGCUGGAGCCGCUACCGGGUGCUAAAAAAGAGCCUGAAGAUCAAAGAGGUGGAGCUGGGGGACGCGGGGGUGUACAUGUGCCGCGUCACCAACGGCUUCGGAAGUAUCACUCUCAACUACACCCUCAUCGUCAUGGAUGACACAGCAGCGAGCCAGACAGACGCUCUACCUGCCGUAGUGGAACCCAAUGCUGAGCUCACCCAGCUUGACCCUACAGGAAAGCCCUGGGUGAAGCCUCGAUUUAGUCAGCCCACUAAGAUGCGCAGGCGGGUGCUGUACAAGCCGGUGGGCAGCUCAGUGAGGUUCAAGUGCCAGGCCAGCGGCACCCCUCCCCCUGUCAUUACCUGGUGGAAGGACCAGACCCCGCUGCCACCCCCGCGCCAGGGCAAGCGCCCCCAGUGGACCCUCACCCUAAAGAACCUGCAGCCCCAGGACAGUGCCAAGUACACCUGCCAUGUCUCCAACCCAGCCGGGCACAUCAACGCCACCUACAAGCUGGAUGUCAUCGAGCGCUCUCACUGCAAGCCUGUUCUGACCGGCACCCACCCGGUCAACACCACUGUGGAGUAUGGUGGCACCGCCUCCUUCCAGUGUAAGGUCCACAGUGACGUGAAGCCUGUGGUCCAGUGGCUGAAGAGGGUGGACCCAGGCACAGAGGGCCGCUAUAACUCCACCCUGGAGGUCGGAGGGCAGCAUUUUGUGGUUCUACCCACGGGGGACGUGUGGUCCCGGCCUGACGGCUCCUACCUCAACAAGCUGGCUAUCAUCAAGGCCCGUGAUGAGGAUGCUGGGAUGUACAUUUGCCUGGGAGCUAACACAAUGGGUUACAGCUUCCGCAGUGCUUACCUCACCGUGCUGCCAGACCCUCAGGUGGAGAACACAUUGACUCCUCCACACCUGAGCUCCGGCCUGCCCUGGCCUCUGAUUAUCGGCAUCCCUGCAGCAGCCCUCCUCAUCGUAGGCACCAUUGUACUCUGGCUGUGCCACAGCCGCCGACGCCACAACACCUUGCCCCCCCACCCCAUGACCAUGGCCCACCGAGACCAACACAUCUCAGACAAAGAGCCCAGCACCAACACCCCCUGUAAUGCCCUGAAUAGCCCUGACUACCCCAGCCAUAGACUGGUGGGCCUGGGAGCCCCUGUCCUUAGUGGGCCCCCUAAGAUUUACUCUAACGUUUACACAGACAUGCACACACACUCCCACGCCCAUAUGGAUGGUAAGGUCCAUCAACACCAGCAUUUCCACUACCAGUGCUAACCAGCCCCCUCUCAUCCCACCCCACAUCUACAGCCUUGUCUCCUAGCCACUGCUGCUAUUCUCACCCAACAAUGGACUAUGAGCAAGGUAGAUGGAAACAAGGAAAGGCUUGUAGUUCAUAUGAACUUCACCUCCCAUGAUAAGCAGUGCUAAAACACCAUACAGUGGCAAAACCCUUACCUGGGAUACGCAUAUUACUAAGCUGCCUGCUUUGGAGGAAUACCGCUUCAUUGAGAAGUCUCAGGGCGAGAAAUACCCUCUCACAUGUGUGCUAGAGUCAUUUCUUUAUUAUGUGUUUUUUUAUACUAGUCAACCAAACUCUAAUUGUAUUUUAAAGGAUGAAAACUACUUACAAAAAAUAUUUAGAUGUCUUUGGAUGCAUGUAGCCCUGGAUAAAUCAUUAAUUAGUUAAUAGGAGAAAUGACCAGGUUUAGGUUCAAUUUAGGUCAACUGAAAUUUGAUUUAAGGUAUUCCAAUUUACACAAAUGAACAUUUGUCAUAGAAUUAACCCAAACUCUGGAAUGUACAAUUGUAUUCCUUUUUUUUUUUUUUUACUCAUCUAAACAUGUCCCGGUAUCCAAACUCCCAAAGUAUUAAGUAAUAUAAGGAACUUUUAAGUUUGUGUAAAUUGGAAAAUGCAGGAUCUAUAUAUUUUAUAAAUUGGAAAAUGUAACUGUGACAAAUUAAAAUCUAGACAAAAUGUUUACAAAUGUGAAAGCUUUUCUAUUCUCAUUAUAGCAACACAAACUGUGCUGUUCUCGGUUCUGUUUAGGUGGUAUUAUUUUUGUUUCAUGUAGGGAAGUACAAUUCAUCAGGGAAAUUAGAUAGAUGGAUUUGGUGAUGAGGGCUUUUUUAUUUUUGUAUUCAGAUAUUGUAUAAUAUGCAUCCAACUAAAAAAAGCAGUAUUAUUAUUAGUAGUAUUAUUCACCCUGUAUGUGUAAGAUGCCAAAUUAUUUUACAGCGCUAUAGAUGUGUAUUUUACUUACAUUUCUUGUGAGGUAUAUUUUUGUAUAAGGUACAUGAGGAUGAGUAUUGUACCUCUGUCUAUUGGUUUUUAAAACUCACCAAAAAGCUAUUUAGUUGUUUUUACUUUAUUCUUCUAUUUUUCUUUCGGUAACAACCAUUAUUCCAGAUUGGUUUGACCUAUCGGUCAUUUAGUGAAAAAUGACAAGUGUUGAUUGUAUUGUUAAAUUGAAUUACAACUUUAUGCUGGCCUAGUUGUCUCAUAUUUGAUUAAGAAUCUGACCAUAUGAUGUAUACUGUAUAUAAGAUAAUGAUUACAAAGAAAAUGUAGUCAUUCACCCUCUGAUGUCAUAGGUCUAGUCUCCAAGUGGUUUAGAAUUGCCAUGUUAAUCUUAUGCAAUUCCUCUGUGAAACAUUGCAUGCUGCAAACUCACCUCCGGUGCUCAUUAGUACUGUACAAUAAUAUUUUUGUAAUAAAAUGUUGUUUUUUUUAA